AUGUCAAAAAGAAGUAAAAAUUCUCUUCUAACGCCGAGUAACAAUCGGAACACUCACCAAACCGCAGUAAUUAAGGAUGAACUAUUGUCCAUGAAAUAUACCAUGACUGGACCCGGCUCCUCGAUAUAUCCAUACGACGAUUACAAUGCCAGCAACGCAACUAGUGGCGGGGCCAAUUUGGAGCUGGAUUCUGCAGUAUUGGAAGAUGAUGAUUCGGGCAAAUUUAGAUCUAAAGGAAGAACAACGCUUAUACGGAGAAGUUCCAAAUCGAAACCAUCACCUGGUAAUGGCGGGGUCGGCAGUGGAAGCGACGACGCUUCCUUUAACUUGAUAACCAACAAUCCGGAUGGAUCAGUUUUCACAUACCCGGAUUACAAACCAUGGCUGGACCACACAUCGCUCUCUAGUUCUGAUUCAAAGCUUGAGAAUGAAAAGAUAACGAACAAUGCAUACUUGAAUAAAGGCUAUUUCGAGCCACCCCUGGUUUCCAACGAGUAUUAUCUGGCUCGUAAUAUGAUUCAAAAUACGAUAUUCCUGUCUACCAGUAAUUGCCAAAGGGUAUUAAAUGACUUACUGAACCAAUUGUCUAGUGCUUACAGCUUGAGAAAUGAUCAAGUGAAUAGAAUAAAAUUCGAAAGUAAUACAUUCAAGUUGCCGCCAAGGGUUACCCUUACAGCUCUGAAAAAGGAGAUAUGGCUCAGAGAUCUUGCCAACCCUCAAAUCCCAUUGCUGCAGCUUUCAACAAAGAUACCACAUGGGGUUAGAAACAAGAUAUUGAUCGACAGCUUGUGUGCAAAGUUUGUCCCAUUGCCUAGAGCAAUUUGGUUUACUAAAUGUGUGUUGCAUUCCGAGCUUUUAGCUUGGAGAAAGAAAAUUUCAUUGAGACAACAACAGUUGUUGAGUUCAUCAAGUGGAACUGGGGCUGGGGGAGCGAUUAGUAUUCCUCUGAUUCAGACUCUAGAAAACCAAUGGCUUCAAGAAUGGACUCAACAAAUGGUGGAAUACAUUCAGAAAUAUUCUCGAGAGAUGACAAAUAUAGUCUCUCAAGAAAGAAAGCACAUUUACACUCAAAAGCUAACUUAUUUACUCUCAUACGCACAGACACUUUAUAUUGAAUCUUUAUUGGAAAAAAGCACAUUUCUUUCACUUUCAAUUAAGUUUUUCAUAGAAGGAAUCCCCCAACAGAUAUUUUUUGAAGGAGAAAAUGGCGAUGAAGAAGAAGAUGAUGACUCUAGUGAUGCAGAGAGAGAAGAAGUAAAGCUGGAACUGAGGCCAGACGAUACUCAUUUUGACCAACAGCAACAACAUGAUUUGCACAUGUCUAUUAAUUAUGGACAAAGACUUGUUGCGCUUACUAUAGUGAAAACUUAUUGGAACGACAUACUCAAGUUGGAUUAUUUAUGCAAAGAACUCAGUGAAAGCUUGCUUAUAAAUUAUUAUUUGAUAAGUAAAACUUCGACUAAAAAAAGACAACAAGGAAUUCAACACCAUCACCAGCAACAUCAACACCAUAAUAGCCAAAGUCAAUAUAACAUUGGAUCAGUGAGCAACUUUAUGUCAGCAUCGUCCCCAAUGGGUUUAAUGGGCUCGCCAAUGUAUAGCAACUCUCCGUCGGUAUAUGCAGCAAAUACUCCAACAAGCAAUCCCCACAACCACCAAUCCUCAGCAGUCAAUAAUGCUUCCAGCGUGAAUGCAACUUCAUCCUUUUCUGUCGAGUUUAAGAAUAAGUUACUCAAGACAAUCGCAGAAACAAUAACAUUUUUAGUGAAAUUCAAUUCUAAUAUUUUCAUUAUACCUAAUUAUUGGCCAAUCGUGGGUGGUACGCUUCGCUCCAUUCUUGAGGCAUCUCCGGUAACUUGUGAUGAAGAGCGGGACGAAAUGAACAAGCAAUAUACAAUAAUAAAGUACAGAAAUGAAAGCUUGAUGUUGAACCUCAGUGACCCAAACUCGGCACCUGUACCUACUCCAACAGCACCUCCUGAAACUCCGUCGGCUAUAAUUAGUAAAAAUACUGUUGAGACUUACAGCAAACGUAGGUCAAGUAAAGAUAUUUUGAAUAUUAUUUAUCAAUUGGAUAACCUCAAGUUGAACGAACAACUUGCUGUUUUUCUUCGACCAUCUAGUGGAAAUGUGGGAGGCGUCAGUUGGCAGCAACAUUUAAAGCUAGUGCUCUAUUGGUGUGUAACAUCUUAUCGAAAGUCACGCUCCACAUCUGACAGUAUUUUAACAGUCUGCAAUUUCUUGAAGAAGAUAGUUUUCUCUAAAAUUGAAAGCAAUCGUAAAAUGGAAUUUGAAAGUGAAAUCUUGCAAGUAAUAUAUGACAUUGCAGAAGAGUCUGAAAACGAUGUGGUACCUAAUAAAUUAUACAUUUUACUUAAUGAACUUUAUCAGUUAAAAUUGCUAACUAUUUCGUCAUACUUAAGGAAACUUAUCGCCUCGGGAAUAUUCUACGUGGAGACUAAUAUCAAUGUGGAAGACAGAAGAAUUAUUAACUCCCAUAUUAAUAUUUUGAAAAACCUUCCUGUAUUGAAUAAUAAACAAUGUGAUAGUAUUUUGAAGAAGUGGACAAUAGAAGGCUAUGACUUCAAUGAAAAAUUUGAGGAGGGAAAGACUAUUGUCCUGAAUCAGAUUCUUUCUUUACUACUGCAACAACAGCAACAGCAAAAUGAUGAAAAUUUAGAGAUAAUUAAGAAUUUAGCAGUGGGAGUCAAAUUUUUACUUGUUAAUUGGACUACUUCCCAGGUAAAGAGCAUGAUCGCGAACUCGCCAAAGCUUGUGCAUAUGACUCCUGCAAUAUUAUCACGAUUAUUUGAGUUUUAUUCCGUUUGUGACAGUCUUACAGUCUUUUUCAAAGUCAUUUUAAGAUUUAUUCUCAGAAAUGAUGGGAUGGUGAUCAUCUACUAUAUGGACACGUUACGCCUUAUUACUAGAUUAAUCCUUAAGCAUUCAAAACUCGUCAUGUUAGUUGAUACUUCUGAUAAUAAUGAAUUAUUCAGAUUGGUCUUGACUUCCUAUAAAGACUUGAUAAUGAGGGAGCCUGAUUUUUUCAACUUUAGAGAGUUCUGGAAAUAUAUGAGCCAUUUGGUCGAAAGACUGAAUUUGAAUAACUCUGAAUAUUCAAACGGUCAGGUUAACGAAGGGGCUUUUGAUAAUGACACCACAAUGAACCUUGUAGGGAAUCUAUAUGGUUCUGCAAUAACGGAUGACUUAGAAGAGUUGUUGACCUUUUCACGAAAGCCACUAGAACAGGCUGAAAUCUCAGAAAUUGUUACAAACUUAAGCUUGAAUGUCGAGCCAAAUGAUGAAAGAAAACUACUUUCCAAAUUGCAUGAGUUUAAUAGCAAGUCUACAGAUGAUGUUGAGAUUGGUAUUGUGCGUCUUUUGGUUAACUUGAAAGACAUGGAUAAAGAUACAUUCUUUUCGAUUCUUAGAGAAUUCUUACAGGCUAAUAGUGACUUUGGCAUGAACUUCUUUCAAAAAUUGAUCAACUACGAUAUAAUAGAUAUGCCCACAUUGGCUGGUAUACAUCCUUCUAUUUUAAUUAACAGCGAAUCCGCUUCCUUGUCAGAAAGUGUGAAUCCUGACCAAGCUUUAGUUUGGAAUUUUGCAGCUGAACAAUAUUUAACUAGAAAUUCUCCUUACAGUCUUAAAAUGAUACUUUCUGGAGAUGACAUUCAAACCAAUAGCAAAUACCUUGAAUUGUUAACUAUCAAGCAUACACCUUUCAUAAUAGAGGAACUUAUUAAGAAGCAUCCGUUGAAUGUUGUGUUAUCGCAUUACGAGAAGGUUCUUGGUAUUGAAUUGCAAAAUAAGAGUACAGAAGAAAUCAUUGAAUUGAUUGCAGUCUUAGUAAACGAGUUCAAUCUUUCGAUAUGUCAGGUUAUAUUGAAGGCUCUACCUAUUGAAGAUUACAGGACAGUAAAUUUUAUGAUCGAUGCUGUCUUUCAACAUUUACAUUUGAAAUUCUCUCCACAUAACUCAUACUUUGGGGACUUAUUUGAUCUUCUAGAUUGGCAAGUUAAGUCCAAAAUCCUUGACUACUUGGAGAAUUUGUUUUUGACUGAAACUAAGUUUGAUGAGGAAAACAAAAUCACAUUGAAACUGGUAAACAAUGUGAAUUUACUUCCUGUAUUGAAGGAUUUCUUUAAGAAAUUUACAAUUAGAUCAUCAGCUGGUAUUAAUACCCUGUCACUUUUGUUAGAAUUACUGAUUCUGUUUACUUCCAAGUUGCUAUUAGUUACAGAAAGGACAGAAAUUGAACAAUAUGAUUCUGAUUUAUAUAAUACACUUUGCGUCUUCCUAAGAAUUUUGAUUAUUCAUAAGCAACCGUUAAUGACAAUUAUUAUUCAACAUGAUGAGAAGCUAGUACUUGUUCAAAAAUUAAUAGAAUUGCUAAAUUCUAGCUACUUUGCUGGAAGUAAGUGUGAAAAAUUGAAAAUUUUGCUAUACGAUUUGCUUUUGAUAUUGAAAGGUGGAAUAAGUGAGAUCUUAACAGAAAACAAUACGAAUUCUGAAAUUUCUGGCAUAACGCUGGGCAGUAUGGGGUCGAAUAUCACCACUAGUGCUGGUGCUGGUGUAACGCAGCUCCUGCCAAAUGAAGGUACAACUGGUAGAAGGAAUUCUGGUGGUUCUCCCAACACCACCGCAAUGCCUACUUCAAGCACUAUUGCCAAUCCACUGUUCGUGCAGGAGGUGUUCCAUUUACCAGAGCCAACCCACACCAACCCACUUGAAAGGUAUAUUGGCAGUGACAACGUCAAGUGCUUACUUACACUUGACGAGAAGGAACUUACAUCGGACGCUGAAAUAAACUACGUUAAUGGCGAUGCUUUGGAAAUUGUUUCCGUGGUAGAAGGCAGUGAAGGUCAAGCACAGCGAGCGGCUCAAUCCGGCAUGCACAUGAAAAGUUUUGAGCUAUUGGAAGGUAAUGGUUCAGGUAUCAAUGGCAGCUGUAUAAAUUUACUGUUAUUCCAAGCAUAUACCACGAGGCAGAACCCACCAUGA